AUGUGGCCUAUAAUUUUAUUGGGCAUUGCUGGAGUUGUGUCAGCUGGAAGUCCAGGAACAAAUGGAGAUAUCAAUCAACCACAGUUACAAAAAGAAUUAUUGGAGGAGGCAAAAGUUUACCUCUUCAAAUUCGGAUACAUGAUCCCUGACGCUCAUCAACCGGUCAAAUCAGUUCAGGAACCAACUCAACAACAGAUUCAUGAUGCUCUAAUCCGCUUCCAGUCCGCAUUCUUAUACUACUCAUCGGGUACUGUUGACGUUCCAACUCAAGCAAAAAUGAAUGAAUGGAGAUGUGCAAAUAAUGAUAUGGAUAGAGGAUCUCCCAUUGCUCCGGCUUCAAAGAAAGAGUUGUGGACCAAGAAAUCAUUGACCUACAAGAUAGUGAACACUCCGAAGACACUAUCACAAGCUCAGAUCAAGUCAGCAGCUCACGAGGCAUUCGAGCAAUGGACCAAAGCCAGUGGAUUCAAGUUUGUGGAGACGACAGCUCAGAACCCAGAUGUCACUAUUACAUUCUAUGACGUACCACAGAGCAAUUUGAGAAUCGCCGGCAGUGCGUCCAAACCGCUCAACAGUCAUAUCAUCUUGGACAAGAACCAAGAAUGGGCAUACAAGUCACAGGCACCAAUGGGAAUCUCUUUAUACCACACACUUCUUCAUGAGAUUGGACAUAUUCUCGGAUUACCACACACUUUCUAUCGAGGAUCCAUCAUGCACCCAAUUUUCAAGCCAGUCCUUCUUCCAUUCGGUACAUUGGACACUGUUCCAAACGUUGAUCGUCUCGCAAUUCGUAGAAUGUAUGGACUCUCGUCCAUCGAUCACUCGGUUCCAUCAUCCGACGUUGCUCAAUCAAAGUGUCCAAAGCAUAUUGACUCGGUUGUAGCCAUCAACGACCAGGAAUGGUUGUUAUUCCGUGACAACAAGGUGUACAAGUUGAACAACAGAAAAUUCGUCGACUCCGGUCGCCCGAUCCAACAAGUGUUCCCACGUGGACCUCAAUUCGUGAAUGCCACCGUCUCGUCGGGUCCGUUGACUCUGUUGUUCGUGGAGAGAACUAUUUAUGGAUACGAGUAUGAUGGAGUGCAGUUCACAGAAGCUCAAAACUAUCCAAAGGAGCUUCAUGAUCGUGUACUUUUCUAUCCACAAGGUGCAUUCCCACUUAACAAUGGAAGUGUCAUUUUGUUGUCUGGAAAUGUGUUCGCUACAUACAACGUGAAUCAAAACGCCCCAUCGUUCCUCAACGACAAAAACCGCUACUUCCCAAAUCUCCCUGAAGACGUGAGAAGUGGAAUCGAGAAGACUCAAGGGUUCACCGAUUCCUACUAUAUGUUCGAUGAGGCAACUGUCUCGGACUACGACAUGAAUUCAAAGCAGGUGCUCCAGUUGCAGAACAUUCCAGACUUCUUGAAGUGCGCCUAA